UUGUUUUUCUCGCUGAAACUGAAAUGAUUAGAAGGCAGUCGGUGACGGAGUCGAAUAUUGUUUUUGAUCGGUUGCAUUGAAAAGUUGGGAAAAAAGCGAAAUUUUUGUAAACCUCGUUGUGAAACUAUAACGUGUAAUAAAUAAUCUGAAGAAAGAUUUACAAAGAAGUAAUAAGAUUUGCUUCGUUAAAAAAGGAAACGAAUAAGUAGAAGUUAAAAGUGAAAGAGGAAAAGAAAGAAAUAGAUAGCCGAAGCAAAUUUUGGAGAAAAGUUAACGGAAGAAGAAGAAAUUGUGCGGUGUGCAUUUCAGUGCUAACGGCGUGAAAGGCGAAAGAAAAAGCAAGCCAGCUAGCAUUAGAGAAAGGAGCAGAGCAGCGUGUGCUUAGUAAGAAAUAUUGAAAAGAAUUUCCCAACGUAUCCACGGAACCGCACACAACAACCGUAAAAUAUAUGUAGCGGAAACGCUCUCGUGAGUUGAAUAACUGAUCGUAACUGUGCCCCUAGAGUACAACUAGAAGCCAAAUAGAAAAGCCGACGAGAGAGCAAAUUGUGUUUUGUUACGAUUAUUUCAAGUUCUCUUCAUUCGAAGUGAAAGACAAAUAAAAAAAAUAUUAACUCUAAAAACAUCAACAGCCCUAUUGUCGAUCAGCGACAUUGCGAUUCACAAACAACUAAAGAGUUAAAUUGAAUGCAAAAUAGAAUCGGCAGCAACACCAAUAGCAGCAGCAAGACGGACGCAGUAACAGCAACAACAAAAGUGCCGAUAGAGUGUAGUUUGCAUGGUUUUUUCGGAGCACCCAAGAGUGUGAAGUUGUGUGUAUUGGAGUAAAGAGCUGCGUGAUUUUUUUAACGUUUCUUGUUGUCGUCUCUUGACCCAUAUUGGAGUAUUUCAAAGCAAUUGCAGCUUUUGGAAUAAAAACAAACCGAAUUAAAAAGCAAAAAUAAGAAUUUCAAUAAAUAGCAAAACACUGCUGAGCAGACUUUUUGAAACUGUAAUAAUUGUGGAUUCUGAUUUACCGUUUUUUAUAAGCCAAUAACCGCUGAAGAGCUAUUCAUCAAAGGGCGUCAUAUUGCUACUAAUUUAAACUUUCCUGAAGCGAGUUUGUGUUAAAAAGGCCGCUUUAAUGAUGUCGUCCGAUCAACAGUUUUUCCUAAAAUGGAACGAUUUCCAAACGAAUAUGGUGACCUCGUUCCGGCACUUGAGGGACGAGAAGAGCUUUACAGAUGUGACACUUGCCUGCGAGGGACAAACUUGCAAAGCGCACAAAAUGGUUCUAUCUGCAUGCAGCCCGUAUUUCAAAGCACUUUUAGAGGAAAACCCUUCGAAGCACCCCAUCAUUAUCUUGAAAGAUGUCUCGUACAUACAUCUGCAAGCUAUAUUGGAAUUCAUGUACGCCGGCGAAGUGAAUGUAUCGCAAGAGCAACUGCCGGCCUUUUUGAAAACUGCUGACCGCCUCAAAGUGAAAGGUCUGGCAGAAACCCCUAGUUCCAUAAAACGGGAAGGUUGAUGGUGGUAAAUAAUUUUAAUAAAAUAUAUAUACAUACGACUAUAUAAUACAACAAUAUAAACAAAAUACGCCUACAACUAUUAAUAAGCAAUGAAUAUAAAUUUAAUUGAACGUAAAUAAAAGCAGAUACAAUUCUAAUUUAAAUGCGUAAAGUUAUUCGUAAUUGCUAAUUGAUAAUUUAGUAAACUGCUAAAGAUACAAAAAUAAUACUACUUAUAGCAAUGCAAAAACAAAAAACAAAAAAAAAAAAAAAAAGAUUGACUCAAAAAGAGAAUGCAUAGCGUAUUUGUAUAUGUAUUAAAAUUUGUUUAAUUUAAUUAAUAUUUUGUACGCUUUCGGUGAUUUUGAACUAUCUUUCUGAAGAAAAUUAAAAAUUCGUAAGUUUUAUUUGAAAUUUUUUAACCUCAGAGCAAUCAAUGCAUGGUUAGUGUUGUAGAUCAUAAACAUGGACUAAUCAAUAAAUUUUAUUUGCCACGAUCGCUUCAAUAAUCUCCUUUGAAAUUCACUUAAAUAUAUGUAUAUUACUCAUAACAUGUCAUCAGCAAACCUAAAAUAUUGUUCCGCAAAAUGGCUAAUUUAUAUAUCUUUAAUUUGCACAAUUUACGCGAGCAAAUUUAUCUAAAAAAAGAG